UACCUGGAUUACUCCUGCAACCGGUGAUCUUGUCAAGUCGGGUCUCCUUUCAGGCGUAAGGAUGAAGGCAAGAAGAAAUAAGAAACAGCUCCCAAGCUUUCGCAAGUUGCUAAAAACUAGUAAAGUCAAGCUUGAAAACAAGCUAAAAAAUAAACAAUUUAAACAACAAAGCGCUCUCAAGAAGUACCGAAAAGAACAGAGGAAACUAAGGCAAGCUGUAAGAGAUGCUGUGUCUAAGAAACCAAUUCCAUUGGAGGACCCAAAGGAUAAACGUGGACCAGGUAAAAGGGUUGAGAGGGAAGAGGAGGAAGAAGAGGAAGCCCUUCCAUUAGAUAUGAUGGAUGAAGAUGACUUACAGUUAAUGAAGGAUUUAGGACAAAGAGCAUCUUUUCUAACUAGAGAUCUUUCUUCUAGUGAACCUGUUCAUACCAGGAAACGAAAGCAUGAGCGCGUUAUAGAUAAAUAUGAAAAAAUACCAAGAACUCUACAGACCGAACCAGAGAAGGAACUGAUUCAUUUGCUUCCUAUCAAAGAUAAAAGUGGUAUAAUCCCACAGACCAGGGAGAAGCCAGUUAUUGACAGUGACAAAGAAGAAGAGGAUCAAGAAGAAGAGAUGGUGCUUGAGGAAGAGAUCAUUGAGGAUCCUAUUCAAGAGCUGACCAUAGAAGAACAUUUGAUUGAGAGAAAGAAGAAACUACAGGAGAAGAAACUGCAUAUUGCAGCCUUGGCAUCUGCUGUAUUAUCAGAUCCAGAAAGUAAUAUAUCCGAAAUGUGUUGUGAGGCAGUAAAGAAACUCUUCAAACAAGAUAAAUUAGGCCAAGCUUCUCUUGGUGUAAUCAAAGUAAUUUCUGGUUUUGUGAAGGGCAGAAAUUAUGACGUUAGGCCAGAGAUGUUAAAAACAUUUUUGUGCCUAAGAAUCAAGGAAGUAGAAGUGAAAAAAGAUACAGAAGACAUUAAUAAACCAAAAAAGUUUAUGACUUUUAAGGAAAAGAGAAAGAAUCUAUCAAGAAUGCAGAGAAAGUGGAAAAAAGCAGAAGAGAAACUAGAACGAGAGCUACGGGAGGCAGAAGCUUCAGAGAGUACUGAGAAAAAACUUAAAUUGCACACGGAGACUCUGAAUAUUGUGUUUGUAACCUACUUCAGAAUAUUGAAGAAGGCCCAGAGGUCACCUCUCCUGCCAGCAGUUCUAGAAGGCCUUGCCAAGUUUGCUCACCUUAUAAAUGUGGAAUUUUUUGAUGAUUUGUUAGUAGUUCUUCAUACUCUCAUUGAAUCUGGAGACCUAAGCUAUCAGGAAAGUCUUCACUGUGUCCAGACUGCUUUUCAUAUUCUUUCUGGACAAGGUGAUGUUCUGAAUAUUGAUCCAAUGAAAUUCUAUACACAUCUCUACAAAACACUCUUCAAGUUACAUGCAGGUGCUACCAAUGAAGGUGUUGAGAUUGUACUCCAGUGCCUUGAUGUCAUGCUUACUAAGCGCAGAAAGCAAGUUUCUCAGCAGCGAGCCUUUGCCUUCAUCAAGCGCCUUUGUACCUUAGCUCUUCAUGUUCUUCCAAAUUCAAGCAUUGGCAUUUUAGCAACUACCAGAAUAUUAAUGCAUACUUUCCCCAAAACAGAUUUGUUGCUUGACAAUGAAUCUCAGGGAAGUGGAGUUUUCCUCCCUGAGCUGGAUGAGCCCGAGUACUGUAAUGCCCAGAACACUGCUCUGAGGGAAUUGCAUGCACUUCAGAGAUAUUAUCAUCCCAUAGUGCAGAAAUUUGCAUCUCACCUGAUUGCUGGAGCCCCUUCUGAAGGCUCUGAAGCCCUCAAACCAGAGUUGAGUCGAAGAUCGGCUGUGGAACUGUUUGAGGCCUAUAGCAUGGCAGCAAUGACGUUUAAUCCUCCUGUUCAGUCUUCAGCCUCCAAAAUUAAGGGUAAAAAUUUACAAGGGGAUUCCUUUUUGAAUGAAGAUUUAAAUCAGUUGGUCAAAAGACAUUGCAAUGAAGUCGUUACUCAGUUGCCUUUGGAUUUCACCAAAUGUUUGGAAACAUCACUGCAAUUGUAG